AUGGACAAAGAUACGCUGCUCCGAAAGAUCCGCCUCUUGACAUUGGCUUCUAUUGCGUCCGGGAAGAUUGGGCGCGAUGUCCCAUAUGCCGAAGUCGCUUCAGCAUUGCAAGUUGAAGAUACCCAAGUCGAAACGUGGGCUAUUGAUGCCAUUCGACACAAGCUAAUUGGGGGUAAGCUGUCCCAAGCUACCAGGUCGAUCCAUAUCACGCGUUCUUCGACUCGUGCGUUCGAGGUAUCUCAGUGGCAAGAUCUGGAGGCCCAGCUUCUACAAUGGAAAACCAAUUUGGGUGAAGUGGGCAAGGUGAUUGCCCAAGCCCGCAAAACAGCUGCAGGGUCUGGUACAAGUUCUGGAGCCACGAGGACUGCUGUCGCAGAAGUGGGUGCUUAG